AUGAAUUUGUUCACGCCUGCCGCCGGGUUAUUUGGCACACAUGUUACUUGGAAGGAUAUUGAAGAAGAUAUGCAAAGAGAACUAAGAACAGCCGCCUCCUUUGGACUCAAUAAGUCAGCAAAGAACAUCGGAGAUAACAAGGUGAACUGCUCUAUAUUUAUUCAUAAUUCCUCUGACUCGCUAUUGAUUACCCGAAAAAAUCAUAUGAUUCAGGGCUUCUUGUCAAGGAUUGUCCUCAUUGAUCCCGACUGGCUGCAAGUAGACAAGAAUUUGCCCGAAAAAUUUGUUGUAAAAGUACGUUAUUCUUUUCCCAUUUGA